GGUGGGAGGGGUGCGGAGCGGCCCUGGGAGCUGCCGCUGCCUCGGCCACCGCCUGCAGAGCCAGAGCCUGCCUUGCGCCUGGAGCUGCCGGCACGAUGCGGCCGGAGCCCGGAGGCUGCUGCUGCCGCCGCCGUCACCCGGUGCGGGCGGACGACUGCGUGGCGAACGGAGAGGUGCGGAACGGGUACGUGAGGAGCAGCGCCGCUGCCGCCGCCGCCAGCCAGAUACAUCAUGUUACACAAAAUGGAGGACUGUAUAAAAGACCAUUUAACGAAGGUUUUGAGGAGACGCCAAUGCUGGUCGCUGUGCUUACUUAUGUGGGGUAUGGUGUCCUCACUCUCUUUGGAUAUCUUCGCGAUUUCUUGAGGCAUUGGAGAAUUGAAAAGUGUCACCAUGCAACAGAAAGAGAAGAACAAAAGGACUUUGUGUCAUUGUAUCAGGAUUUUGAAAACUUCUAUACAAGGAACCUCUACAUGAGGAUUAGAGACAACUGGAAUCGGCCUAUCUGCAGUGUGCCUGGAGCCAAGGUGGACAUCAUGGAGAGACAGUCUCACGAUUACAACUGGUCGUUCAAGUACACAGGGAAUGUAAUUAAAGAUGUUAUAAACAUGGGUUCCUACAACUAUCUUGGAUUUGCACGGAAUACUGGACCAUGUCAAGAGGCAGCUGCCAAAGUCUUGGAGGAGUAUGGAGUUGGAGUGUGCAGCACUCGGCAGGAAAUUGGAAACCUGGACAAGCAUGAAGAACUAGAGAAGCUUGUGGCAAGUUUCUUGGGAGUAGAAGCUGCUAUGGCAUACGGCAUGGGAUUUGCAACAAAUUCAAUGAACAUUCCUGCUCUUGUUAGCAAAGGUUGCCUGAUCUUGAGUGAUGAACUGAACCAUGCAUCACUGGUUCUAGGAGCCAGACUCUCAGGAGCAACCAUUCGAGUCUUCAAACACAACAAUAUGCAAAGCCUAGAGAAGCUGUUGAAAGAUGCCAUUGUUUAUGGUCAGCCUCGGACACGAAGGCCCUGGAAGAAAAUUCUAAUCCUUGUGGAGGGAAUAUAUAGCAUGGAGGGAUCUAUUGUUCGCCUUCCUGAAGUGAUUGCCCUUAAGAAGAAGUACAAAGCGUACUUGUAUCUAGAUGAAGCUCACAGCAUUGGGGCUCUGGGCCCUACAGGACGAGGUGUGGUCGAUUACUUUGGCCUGGAUCCUGAGGAUGUGGACAUUAUGAUGGGAACAUUCACAAAGAGCUUUGGUGCUUCUGGAGGGUACAUCGGAGGCAAGAAGGAGCUGAUUGACUACCUGCGGACACAUUCGCAUAGUGCCGUGUAUGCCACGUCACUGUCCCCACCUGUCGUGGAGCAGAUCAUCACUUCUAUGAAGUGCAUCAUGGGGCGGGAUGGCACCACCCUUGGCAGAGAGUGUAUACAGCAGUUAGCUGAAAACGUCAGAUAUUUCAGAAGACGUUUGAAAAAUAUGGGCUUCAUCAUCUAUGGAAAUGAAGAUUCUCCAGUGGUGCCUCUGAUGCUCUACAUGCCAGCCAAAAUUGGCGCCUUUGGACGGGAGAUGCUGAAGCGGAAUAUCGGUGUAGUUGUGGUAGGAUUUCCUGCUACCCCAAUCAUUGAGUCCAGAGCCAGGUUUUGCCUGUCGGCAGCUCAUACCAAAGAAAUGCUUGAUACUGCUUUAAAGGAGAUAGAUGAAGUUGGGGACCUAUUGCACCUGAAGUAUUCCCGUCAUCGGUCAGUACCUCUACUGGACAGGCCCUUUGAUGAGACUACAUAUGAAGAAACAGAAGACUGAGCCUUUUUGGUGCUCCCCUAGAGGAACUCUCCCUCACCCAGGACAGCAUGUGGCCUUUCCAAGCCACUUCCAGGAACCACACUUCUGUGGCCAUCUCAUGUACAAGACAUUUCCUCAACUACUGACGGUGGCCACCUCCACUCUAAGUGGCAUUUUGUAAAUAGUGAAAAGCUGCUUCACACCCUUCCUUUGCUACAUUUCACCUUUUUUAAAAAAAGGUGACUCACUUUGCUUUUUUGUCCAUUAAAAAAUGUUUUAUUUU